GCUGGGAAUCCUCAAUGGAAUCCGUUAAAGUCAUUUGUGGGCUUUGUGGGAGACGAAAUGGCAGGUCGCGGCAGAGGCAGAGCAGCGUUCCCUGAAGUUCGGCAUCAGUUGCGGCGACCGAAAGAAGAACCUGAGGAAGGCGGCCCCGUGGGACCUGGAGGCGACACCAAGACAACAGGUGAAAACGAGCAACCGCCGCCGUCCACUCCCAUCAGCGCUGCUCCCAGCAAGCAAGAAAAUGAUGAGAUCAAGAAACUUUGUACACAAUUCAAGUACUUGCAAGCUUCAGACGCAGCCUUUGCCAAGCACCUUUCUUUGCUCACUGAGAAACUGAAGACCCCUCAUGACAUGGACAAUGCCGUGAAUGCAAUGUAUGAACUUUGCCUACUUGGACCAGAUCAGGCUGAGGUUACGUGCCAGGCCAUUGUGCAGCUUUGCGAUCUGGAGAUUGAUGGUUGCAAGCUGAGGACCAAAGUUUUGACGAGAAUGCAGCAAGAAUUUGAAGGAUUCGAACAGAAAGCGGAAUCAUCGCCGCAGGCAUUUCUAAGUAAUGCCAUAUUUCUUUGCGAGUUUUACACCCGUUACCUUUUACAAGGAAAGCCUGUGAAUCCGCUCAGAGUCCCUGUAUGGAAAUACCUUGAGUACAUGUUGGAAAGCCGCAAGCCAUUUUUCCUAAGCCAUUGCUUUCGAUUGGUGCAGAGCAAGAUUGGUUUCUUUGUGAAGCACAAUCGUUCCGAGCUUGAAGCUAACUUCCUGACAAGACUACGAGAAGUUAUCCUCGAUGAAAAGGUGCCGAAAAUGCACCGGUCUUCUGCAUUGGAAACAUUGGAGCACGCUUUGAAAGAAUUGACGCCGAAAACUUCUUAGUGUUUUUUUAUCCUCUCAAAUAAAUUGCCAUACGCAACCAUAUUUUAGAAAACA